CAGUGCCGCUGACAGUUCAGUUCCAGAUGCAACUUCUUCGGUGGCCCAUGGCAGUUGGUUCCCAGAGCCAAGAGAGCGUGGGGGAGCCUCAGUAAUGUAUCCAUAGUGGAAGAGGCCCGGGCUGAGCGCCGGAGGCUGUCAUGCAUCCCCGAGGGAAAAACCUGGCGCUUUCCGCCGUUUCCAUCACGUUGCUGGCUUGCGUGUUCUACAUGAGGAAAGAGGCAAAGCUGGCGGCGUCCUCAGCAGACCCAAAAGUGGAUGAUGUGAACCACAAACCGAAGUCUUUGGCUCUGGACAAUGCUGAACCCAGCAAGUGUUUGCCAGACCUGACCCUUGCUAACUUUUCUCUUGCCCUUCCGGAAGUUCACCGUGUCUUCUUAACCUACAAGCACUGCCGCAACUUCUCAGUCCUGCUGAAGCCCACCAGGUGCAGCAAAGAGACGUUCCUCCUGCUGGCCAUCAAGUCGUCUCCUAUCAACAUAGACCGGCGGGUGGCGAUCAGGAACACGUGGGGGAAGGAGGUCUCGGUUGGUGGCAGGCGUACCAGGCUGGUCUUCCUUCUGGGGCACUCAGAGGCCAAAACCCAUGCACAGCCCCUGCACCAGCUGCUGACUUACGAGAGCCAGGAGUUUGAUGACAUCUUGCAGUGGGAUUUUGUUGACAACUUCUUCAAUUUGACCCUCAAGGAGCUGCAUUUCCUGCGUUGGUUCAUGGAGGACUGCCUGCAUGCCAGGUUUGUGCUGAAGGGCGAUGACGAUGUCUUUGUCAACACUUACAACAUCAUUGAAUUCCUCCAAGAACUGGACCCUGACCAGGAUCUCUUUGUUGGGGAUGUGAUUACCAAUGCCCGGCCCAUCAGGAACACCAAGGUCAAAUACUUUAUUCCAGAGUCCAUGUACAGAGCCUCCUUCUAUCCCCUCUAUGCAGGUGGAGGGGGCUAUGUGAUGUCCAGAGAGACAGUGCGUCGUCUCCAGGGCACUGCGGAGGGCACAGAGCUCUUCCCAAUAGAUGAUGUCUUUGUGGGAAUGUGUCUGGCAAAGAUGGCAGUGACUCCAAAGAACCAUGCUGGCUUUAAGACUUUUGGGAUCCAGAGGCCUUUCAAUCCUUUAGAUCCAUGCUUGUACAAAGAGCUGAUGGUUGUGCACAAACUAAACCCAACUGAGAUGUGGAUCAUGUGGACGCUAGUCCAGGAUGACAGCCUCAGGUGUGCGGUGUCAGUAACAUACAACUACAGAGGGGGGUGGAAAAGACCCUACUGAUGAGCAUAGCAGGAUGGUAACUGGUGACAGAUGCACAGGGAAUUUAAACUAAAAAUCAGGUUGUGGUAGGAAUGUAUCCUCUACUAACAGACUGUACUUGAGCUGUAGGGGUUUAUUUUGCAGCAAGUCUUACUCUGUCAGUGGGUUACUGAAGUAGUUGAAUUGUCACCAGGUAGGGGCAGGCUGGUAGCUUUGUGAGACAUGGUACAAGGGACUCAAGUCAGUUCCUCCUAGCUAGGCUGGGAGCCAGAGGAAGUCACAGCUACCACAGGGACAUGAGUGAGGGGCCACCUACUAUGGAGGCUCUGCAACAGAGGCUGGUGUCUGACCACUGGCCAAAUUCAGUCUAGGAAAGUUCACAACUGUUCAGUGUCUUGAAAUUACUUGAAGGGAUGGAAGAAAGGCUAGUGUGUGCUGCUGGGUCUACUGCACCACAGCUCCACUGUUCUAGGCCAGCAAUCCCAUGGGUUCUACCAGACAGCACGAGA